UUUUUUUAUAGUGGAAAUUAGUUAAAGAUGGUGAAUUACUUUGUUAAAAGUUAAACAACGAGAUAAUAUAAGACUUAAGAUUUCUUUAAAUUCUUUGCAAGUUGGAGUAUUGUUAAAUCUAGAUAUUCAAGAGAUUUAGCUUAGUUCAAAUAUAAGACUAAUCAAAUCUGGUAGGGUUUAAGUCUGCAAUUUUGAUAAACUGAACGGAAAAGGAACUAUAUAGAUAUUUUCCCAACUAGAGUUUUAGGAGAUGAUAUUUCUCAGAAUCGUUAUUUAAUAGAGAAUGUAGAUAGUAUUUUGACUUUAAGAGAUGUAAAUAUUUCUUUAGGUUAAAAUUGAAGAAAAUUUUGAACUUAAGUAGCUAAUUCAUCCAUCAGCUUCGCAUAUAUUUUAUUUUUCAAAAACUAACUUUUGUGUCGUCUUCAUUAUAUCAAUUAUAUUCUUUAGAAUUUUUUGGUGAAAAAGAUUAGUAACCAUCUAGUUUAUUGUUCAUCUUUCAUUCCCUCCUUGUCUGCUGACUGAUUAGUUUUAGGUUGGAGCAGUUCAGCCAUAAAGUAGAUGCUUGUAUGAUCAAUCAGGCUUCCUUUUACUUACCGAAUUUUCAACUAUACCUUGUUUUAGAAUAUUCACUAGAGAUCUGGCAUCUAGUCUUGGCUAAAACAUUAGAAAUUUUCUUUGAAGUAUUAGUGAUUAGAGAAAUUUCCCUCUAACUAAGAAAGAUUAGGAGGCUAAGUAAAGUGUCCCUUUGCUCUUGGAAAAGAUCCAUUUAUAUGCAUUUCUAUUUCUCUGAUAUUUUUAACUGAAUCUUUUAUAAGAAGACCGAUCAAUAUAUGCUAAUGUAAGUGAGAGGUGAAAACUUGAUAUCUAAGUCAAUUUGAAAACAUGCAGUUAUCCAUCUUGCUCUAUUUCUACAACCGCAUAAAGGGGUUCCAAGAUUCAUUAAUUUUACACUAAUUGGUACAUACGUUUGAUCUAACUAUUUUAAUUUUUCAGUAGAGGCAUUCAGAAAUUACCCUUGUGGAUUUAAUAAAGCUAGGUGAUAAGAUGAGACAUAUUAUUUCCAGUAGUUCAGACCAUAUUUCAUAACCGAAUUCAGAACAAGGAGUUAUUAGUUUACCGUUAAUAUCCUAACAUAGCUUAAGUAAUCUACUUAUUUUGUCAAUAAACCUAACAAUUUUGAUCUAAUAGAAGAGAUAGAGCCUCAGAGAUGGGCUCAAAAGCCCAGUAGGAGUUAAACUUGUGGAGAGUUGGACAUGAUUAAAUAGCCAUAAGUGUCACACAGUUGGGCUGAUUAUAAACUAAUUAUUAUGUGAAAUACCCACUCGCGUGUUGGAUAGUUUAAAAUUUUCAAUUCUUCUUCAAUAAUUUGCUAAAAAUUAAAGCCAAGAAUUUUUAAGGACACUUCUGGGAAUUUCUGAUAGAUAUCCUGCAAUAUUUACAAAUCUACAUUAAAUUUUUUCUUUAGAGCAGUUAUGGGAGGAAAAUUUUGGUUUAGAAGAAUAAAGCAUUUACGAUUCUGAAAAUUUAUAUUUUUGAAUAAUAUCAACAUUCUCGGUAAGACAUUUUCAAUAGAGUUCAAAAAUUACUUUAUGAGAAACUUCUAAAAUUUUAAAAUUAAUAAAAACAUAAUUGGAUUAAGUAACUUAGAAAAAUUUAAACUGUCUAUAUUUUAACACCUUCCAGGCCAUGCAGAGCUUAGGCCAAGAUGACAGGUCUUCAGCAUUGCUGCACUGGGCAUAUUAAUAAAAAAUGGAGAAAAAUUGGUGGGUUAAUCCGAUCAUAAUUUUAUUAAGUGCAGUAAAUUUGAUAGCUUAUUAAAAUUCAGGGAACAAAUUUUGUCAUUUUCGAGCAGUCAUAAUUUGGUACUCUUAUUGUUUCAAACAAAAUUACGCCCUCUAAAUCCCCUCCUCCUUGUUCUCGCCAAAAAAUGCACUCAGAUGAUUUGAUCAGCUAUUUUUGAUGUUCUUGGAAAUUAAUAAAAAGGCGAAUUAGGUGAAAUCAGGAGACAAGUAAACUGAACCUGACGAGCACUUUCCCACAAGACUUAGAAGGCAAGAUACUACGAAAUCUUGCAAAAUCCAGAAUAAUUGAAUAUUUUAUACCUUAA